CUUGCGGCCACCAGGCUGGGUCCGAGCAUCCCGCGGCUCCGGACCCGCCCGGCCCGGACAUGGCGACCGUUCGGGCCUCCGUGCGAGGGGCGCUGCUGCUUCUGCUGGCGGUGGCGCGAGUCGCGGAGGUGGCAGGGGGCCUGGCCCCGGGCAGUGCGGGGGCAUUAUGUUGUAAUCAUUCAAAGGACAACCAAAUGUGCCGUGAUGUAUGUGAACAGAUUUUCUCUUCAAAAAGUGAAUCCCGACUAAAACAUCUAUUGCAGCGAGCCCCGGAUUAUUGCCCAGAAACAAUGGUUGAAAUUUGGAGUUGUAUGAAUUCAUCUGUGCCAGGUGUGUUUAAGAAGUCUGAUGGCUGGGUUGGCUUGGGCUGCUGUGAACUUGCUAUUGCCUUGGAGUGUCGACAAGCAUGCAAGCAGGCAUCUUCAAAGAAUGAUAUUUCUAAAAUCUGCAGAAAAGAAUAUGAGAAUGCUCUUUUCAGUUGCAUUAGCAGAAAUGAAAUGGGCUCGGUUUGUUGCAGUUAUGCAGGUCAUCACACCAACUGCCGAGAGUACUGUCAAGCUAUUUUUCGAACAGAUUCUUCUCCUGGUCCAUCUCAAAUCAAAGCAGUAGAAAAUUAUUGUGCCUCUAUUAGUCCACAGUUAAUACACUGUGUGAACAAUUACACCCAGUCUUAUCCCAUGCGGAACCCUACAGACAGUUUAUAUUGCUGUGACAGAGCUGAAGACCAUGCUUGCCAAACUGCCUGCAAGAGAAUUCUGAUGUCUAAGAAAACAGAGAUGGAGAUUGUUGAUGGCCUCAUCGAAGGCUGCAAGACCCAGCCCUUGCCUCAAGAUCCCCUGUGGCAGUGCUUCCUUGAAAGCUCUCAGUCUGUUCACCCUGGUGUCACGGUACACCCGCCUCCCUCUACAGGCCUAGAUGGGGCCAAAUUGCAUUGCUGUUCUAAGGCAAACACUUCAACAUGUAGGGAGCUGUGCACUAAACUUUAUAGCAUGAGCUGGGGCAAUACACAGAGUUGGCAAGAGUUUGAUCGCUUUUGUGAAUAUAAUCCAGUGGAAGUGUCCAUGUUGACGUGUUUAGCAGAUGUUCGGGAACCUUGCCAGUUGGGCUGUAGAAACCUUACUUACUGUACUAAUUUUAACAACAGGCCAACAGAGCUGUUCAGGAGCUGCAAUGCUCAGUCAGAUCAAGGCGCCAUGAAUGACAUGAAGCUCUGGGAGAGGGGAAGCAUAAAGAUGCCAUUUAUCAGCAUACCUGUUCUCGACAUUAAGAAGUGCCAGCCAGAAAUGUGGAAAGCAAUAGCUUGUUCACUGCAGAUUAAACCUUGUCAUAGUAAAUCCCGGGGAAGCAUUAUCUGCAAAUCAGAUUGUGUGGAGAUUCUCAAAAAGUGUGGGGACCAGAACAGAUUUCCUGAAGACCACACAGCUGAAAGCAUUUGUGAGCUGCUGUCACCCACAGAUGACCUAGAGAACUGCAUACCUUUGGACACAUACCUCAGGCCAAGUACUUUAGGUAACAUUGUAGAAGAAGUAACUCAUCCCUGUAACCCAAAUCCUUGCCCAGCCAAUGAGCUUUGUGAAGUGAACCGGAAGGGCUGUCCGUCUGGAGAUCCCUGCUUUCCAUACUCUUGUGUUCAAGGCUGCAAACUGGGAGAAGCUUCUGAUUUCAUCGUCCGUCAAGGGACCCUAAUCCAGGUGCCAUCGUCUGCAGGGGAAGUUGGUUGUUAUAAAAUCUGUUCGUGUGGGCAAAGUGGACUCUUGGAAAACUGUAUGGAAAUGCACUGUAUAGACCUCCAGAAGUCUUGCAUUGUUGGAGGAAAAAGAAAAAGUCACGGAACAUCCUUUAAGGUCGACUGCAAUGUCUGUUCUUGCUUUGCGGGCAGUUUGGUGUGCUCCACCCGCCUCUGCCUCAGUGAGCACAGCGCAGAAGACGACCGGCGUGCCUUCACCGGUCUGCCCUGCAACUGUGCAGAUCAGUUUGUCCCUGUGUGUGGGCAGAACGGACGCACUUACCCCAGCGCCUGCAUUGCUCGCUGCGUGGGUCUCCAAGAUCAUCAGUUUGAGUUCGGAUCAUGCAUCUCAAAGGAUCCGUGCCAUCCUAACCCCUGCCAAAAAACCCAGAGGUGCGUACCCAGACCACAAGUCUGCCUGACAACUGUUGAUAAAUUUGGAUGUAGCCAGUAUGAGUGUGUGCCGAGACAGCUUGCCUGUGACCAGGUCCGCGAUCCUGUCUGUGACACAGACCACGUGGAACACAACAAUCUCUGCACUUUAUACCAAAGAGGAAAAAGCCUGUCUUACCAAGGCCCGUGCCAGCCCUUCUGCAGAGCCACAGAGCCCGUGUGCGGCCACAACGGCGAGACCUACAGCAGCGUGUGCGCCGCCUACUCGGAACGGGUGGCCAUUGACUACUACGGGCCCUGCCAGGCCGUCGGGGUCCUGUCGGAGUACAGCUCCGUGGCCGAGUGUGCUGCCGUGAGGUGCCCUUCCCUGCCGGCGACCGGGUGCAAGGCCGUCACCCCACCAGGUGCUUGCUGCCCACUGUGUGCGGGGAUGCUACGAGUUUUAUUUGACAAAGAAAAACUGGAUACUAUUGCAAAGGUGACAAACAAAAAGCCAAUAACAGUUCUGGAAAUCCUUCAGAAAAUCCGCCUGCACGUGUCCGUCCCGCAGUGUGACGUGUUUGGAUACUUCAGCAUCGAGUCAGAGAUUGUGAUCCUGAUCGUUCCUGUGGAUCACUACCCGAAAGCUUUGCAGAUCGAGGCCUGCAAUAAAGAAGCAGAGAAGAUCGAGUCCCUCAUCAACUCCGACAGCCCCACCCUGGCCGCCCACGUGCCCCUCUCCGCCCUCAUCAUCUCCCAGGUGCAGGUCUCCAGCAGCCUGCCCGCGGCCGGCGUCCAAGCUAGGCCUCCCUGCCGCUCCGGCUGCCUCCUGCUCCUCAGCCUGGGCCUUGCCUCGCACCUGCUCUGGACACAUAACUGACUGCCCGAAGGUGCGAACCGUUCCUCGACCGAAUUUCUCUGCCUUGUGAAAGACAUUCAGGACGGCUGGGUUCGAGCUGGACGGUGGCCAGGAGAGCACGCGCCACCUCUGUUCACUACACAGGGUUCCCGUUGCUCAGUCUGCCAACAUCUGUAGGUUUACAAGUGUGGAACACGGGCUUCCGAGGGCCGACGAGGGAGGGCGUCUCCUGCUGAGGCACUGCCUGAUGACUCACAUUUUGCUCAGUAGAUGGGUCCCCCACUCGAAGGCAAAUUUUUUUUAAAGAUUUAUUUAUUUAUUUGAAAGUCAGAGUUACAGAGAGAGAGGGAGAGAGAGAGAGAGAGAGAGAGAUCCUCCAUCUGCUGGUUUGCUCCCCAAACGGCCACAAUGGCUGGGACUGGGCCAGGCCAAAGCGAGGAGCCAGGAGCUUCCUCUGAGUCUUCCAUGUGGGUGCAGGAGCCCAAGAACCUGGGCCACUCUCCGCUGUGAAGCAAAUGGAACAUCCCACUGCUGGAUGAGAUGCUCACUUGGUAGAAAGAGACCUCAUUUUCCAGCUAGGUUCCUAUCACAGAUACUUUCUUUCAGAGUCCCGGGAAGUCCUCAGGUUCCCCUUUGUGUUUGUGUCUGUUUCCAGAUGAAUACCUCCUCCAUCUAGGAACUAGGGCUCUGGGAAGGAGCCAGUGCCGUUAGAGACUCUGAAGGAAAGACACAGCCUCUUGAUGCCGUGUAACUCAGCCGGCAAAGUGAGAUUCGCUUACAGAGGUUGAUUCAGGGCCCCGUCUGUGGUGUCAAGCUAAGCAAGCUGACUGAACGACAGACAGUUCUGUUCUGUAGGUGACCAUCUCAGUGGCCACGGAGCUGGGUCUGUGACGUUCGUAAAAGGGACAAGUCACACUGCCUCCGAGCACACCCUGCAUUAUGCAAUUUUUAUAUUAAUCAGCGUAUAUUCGUCAGUAUUCAUUAAAUUUUGAAUUUUUAAACAUCAACCUUUAAACCAAUUGCUGCUACUUAAAUAACUGCCAAAAAGUGAAACAGCUGGUAGUGCACGUGACAAGCACACGACAUGUCUGCUUCGUGGUGAAGAAGGGGAAUAGCCAUAUUUGUAAGAUGACAAUCAUGCGUGGUGGCCGGGAUUUUCCGUUCAUGAAGACACGUUUGCCUUGUGUGAUGUGCACAAUGUCGAUAAGUGUUCCGUCUCUCUUCUUUUCAUAUAGAAUUAUAAAGAAUUGUGGUUUAUAUAUUUAAAAAUGUCAAACUGAGUAUUAAGAUGUUUGCAUGUUGUCUAAGAAGUUAAGUACCUUGAAUGUGUUCCACAGUGUGAGAUAAGCUAUUCAGUGUAAUACUUGUUCGUGUGCACCUGAACUUAGAUGUUACAUGAAGUAUUUUUCAGUAUUAUAUGUACCCUCUGAAAUAUAUAAAGAUAUGCUUAUUAUACCAAACGGUUUUUGAAAAGUGGGCACUUAAAGCUUUCAGAAUAUCUCAAGCUGAUGUAGCGUGUUUGUUGCAAUUGCUUUUGUUCGGUGUAUUUUCAAUGCAAUAUACUAGAAAGCUUUUCUAUUUUAAUAAAAGUAAUU